GCCAGUGUGUGUGUGUGUGGGGGCGGAGUGUUGAACAACGCCGCAGUGACAGCGUUGACGCCACGAUUGGCAAAGCGCUGGCUCAGAAGUCCGAGUGGGCAUUCGUAGCACGGCCUUAUAACCAAAGCGUGCGGAGUUGCGGGCCAGUCACGUCAGAUUUUAGAAGCUCAGCGGGGCGGGCCCAGCGAGAGCCGCGUGAUUGACCGCCGGAAACGCACGGAAGGUUGGAGAAGCCUCAUUGUGGUUAAUGAACAAGCGUCCCCGUGUCCAGUCAAGCGAGAGUUUGAAAUCAUGUCAGAGAAAGAAAAUAACUUCCCCCCACUGCCCAAGUUCAUUCGGCUGAAGCCGUGCUUCUACCAGGACAUUGAGGGCGACAUUCCUCCGCCACACACGCAGACCGUCAAGCGACUCUACUACCUCUGGCUAUUGCAAGGGCUUACACUGGCCGUGAACCUGAUCGGAUGCCUCGCCUGGAUCAUCGGUGGGGGCUCGGCCACCAACUUUGGCCUGGCCAUUGUGUGGCUCCUUCUCUUCACGCCCUGCUCCUACGUCUGCUGGUUCCGUCCCAUCUACAAAGCCUUCAAGACCGACAGCUCCUUCAACUUCAUGGCGUUCUUCUUCGUCCUCACGGCUCAGCUCGUGAUUAACGUCAUACAGGCCAUCGGCAUCUCUGGCUGGGGAGUCUGUGGCUGGAUUGCGACCAUAUCGUUCUUCAGCUACAACAUUGGAGCGGCCGUCGUGAUGCUGAUCCCGACCAUCAUGUUCACCGGCCUCGCCGUGCUCUCUUUCCUCGCGUUAACCAAGGUGCACGGAUACUACCGCGGCAGCGGCGGCAGCAUGAGCAAGGCCCAGGAGGAGUGGACGACGGGAGCGUGGAAGAGUCCCGUGGUGCAGCAGGCCGCCUCGCAGGCCGUCGCCUCUCAGCUGCAGCAGCAGCAGCAGCAGCAGCCGCCUGCUUACGGCAACGUCCCCAGCUACGGUUACGGCUCUGACCCCAUGGCACCCGCCGACCCGUAUGGCGGCGGCGGCGGUGGCGGCGGCGGCGUUGGCGGCGUUGGCGGCGUUGGCGGAGGAGGAGGCUAUGGUGGAAGUGCCGGGGGUUAUGGGGGAAACGCAGGGGGUUAUGGGUAUGGAAACGAAUACGGGACAAAUGCCAACCCGGCUGCCGGUUAUUCCUACGGAAAUCAGAUGUGAUUUGUUCUUAGUUUUUUUGUUUGCGGCGAUGUAAAGAAACUUUAAAGUGAGGUGUCGUAGUCCGAGUGUGUUUCAUUAACUAUUUAUUUCCGUUUCGUUUGUAUAAUUCGGCGUGGAUUUGCUGUUACCGACAGAUCGAUUGUCGCUACUGCCGAGUUUUAAUGCUAAAAGGCGACGACCGGUCACUCUCGUUUCGUUACAUUGUUUAAGUGGGUUCAGGUGCGUCUUCAAUUCUGGCCGUGCGUAGGUUUUUCCGAGGAACGUACGUGCCUACGUUGCAUGUUGAACUUCUUUCGCACCGUACGUAGCCAACCGCGCUAAUCGGAGGUGCGUGGGAAGGACAAGCAAACUAAUACACAAAAAGCAGUUCUAAAGAAAGUGCGUUUUCAAUAUCGAUGAUUUAGAAGUGCGUAGCUCCCAGUCGGCUUCCUAAUAUCGCGAGGAAAGAGCGUUCCAGACAGCCGCGGAAGCAGCGCAUCUGAAAGCGCCGCCCGACGAUGCGGUGACCGCGGUCUUCGUUCGGUGGCUAACAGCCAAAAGCCGCCGCUGCUUCGAGGAUGGGCGAAGUUCGCCUGGCGGCGAUUUAACAUAACGGUUUUGAUGAAUCGUCACGAUUCAGGGUCGCGGUCAGACAGGCGAAUCGGUUGUCGUAUUGCCCCUUGUGCAGUGUUUUGUAAAUCCACAGCGGUUGUUGUGGUUCGGGCAAGUCGUAGUAGUGGUGGUAGUGCGGCUUUCGCGACCAAUAUCCACAGAAGAGGUCAUUGUUUGAAUGCGUCGCUAAAACACGGCACCACCCGACACAGCCAAUUAGUAAAAGUUUGUCACGUAAACAAAACAACAAUAAACACACCGGUUAGUGCUGUACGAGUAACGAAUUGCCACGUUUUGUUUACGUGACAAGCCUUACUGAUUGGCUUCGUCGGGUGGUGGCGAGGUUAACGACACAUUUAUAUUGACGCGAUGGUUCGAACCCAAAAAUACCUCUUUAAUGGCUGUGGUUCUGCAGUAUACGCCAGGAUUGUUGCGAUUUGGCGAGGCUCAAAUUCCACCGUACGAUAUAUACAAUCCACGGUAACCGUAGUGACAGCGGUCCUUUUUUUUUCUCCUCCGCGAUGUCGUGAUCAUCGUUGCUAAUUUUUUGUAAUACAUAUCUCAUUUCCUGACUAUGUGAAAUAACAACCACGGUAAUGAAAGUUCUAAAUAAGUAGCUAUGUUAACCAUUAAAAAAACAUAUCAUUUUCCUGCAUCGCAUCUUCCAAGCCUUUGACUACCGUCGUAAUUAAUUUAAUUAGUUCUUCUCUAGCUGACGGCACGUGAGUCACUGCGGUCGGAAAGGCUUCGGGUUGAGUGAACUUCGGUAAGAACGCUUUCUCUCGUCACGCUUGAGCACACGGCAGAUUUUUGUUAGUUUUUUUUACGCGGCACGGACAAUUUGCUCGGCACGAUUUCCGUCGACGCUGCGCGGGGGGCGGGGGUGGGGGGGGCGCUGAGGUCUCAGUCGUAGUCGCGAACGUUCAUUGUCAGUUUGGCAAUGGCAAACGUUUAAUUCUGUGCCCACCGUAGGCUCCACUGUGACGUUCCGCGAUGGAAUCCACUGUGGAGUGAAUCGAUGAUGCACAGCAGCAGCAGCAGCAGGGAUCUAUACAGCGGUGGUUCUCAGAGUGCGGUUCCCGUACCCCGGUGGGCCCCGGAACCUCCGGUGGUCCCCGAUCGCCCCGGUGGUCGGCGACGUUCCUCCAAGUUGGUCAACGGAGCUGUGAUGCAAACGCAGCUCGACGCGGAAUUCACGACAACGUUCAAUCCCUUUUUUGUUUAGGACAUUCACAUUUGACUUAUGAUAUUUAAUUUUAAAAUGGAAGCUAUGUCAACUACCCUGAGUGAACUAACCCUAACAAGAUCUAAAUGACCGGUAUUUAGAGCGAGAAGUGAAUGCGUCUUGUCACCAGGAGCGGGGUGGGGGGGGUGUGCUCUGGGUGGGCCAAGUGAUCCGCCGGCCCUAAACGAGUUUGAGCGACAACAACCGCUCGAUCCAAUCCAAAGUGACCCGUCGAUUCCACAUCGGCUAAAAAAAAAUCUGUUGACUCUGCGGUGGUGCGAACGUGUUGAAUCUGUAGUGAUAACAUUACAGGGACUCCCUCUACUUACGGAACGAGCUGGGUUCCAGAGGUCUGUUCGUGAGUCGCUUUGUUCGCGAGUCGAACUCCACUCCCGUCGCUUCCAAACGCGUUUUCACAGCGGGUUCCCCGGCAGUUCACGCGAGAAAAAAGGGGCAGCUGAACCCGGCUCGAACAGGACACCGUUGGGGCUGUACGGUUUGCCGUAGUCUUGCACAGGGGGGCACGGUGAGCCGCCAAGACUUUGGGGGUUAUUUCGUUGAGAAGAACAUCGUGGUUGUAUUUAAACAGAACGGACGGUGUUGGGGUUCUCCUUCGGAAAGUAAACACUGGACGAGUUCCUGCCACGGGAACGUAGAGUUUCCUUCACUGGAUUGUGGCCACGUGUGGCUUGCACACGGGGGCACACGGCGAGCCACGACUUGCCGUAUGUAUUAAGAUCUUCGCUGGGGAGUGGUGGGGGUUAUAUGGUGGUUGUAUUUAAAACAAAACUGACGAUGUUUUGGUGGGGGUUUGCGUCGAAAAGUCAACACUGGUUUGUCCUAUGGAAAAUGCCGAGUUCCCUGCCACGGGAACGGCUCAUUUCCUUCACUGGAUCAUGGUCACGAGCGCUUACGGGCAACAUCCAGUGCCCCGUUCGAGGGGAGCGGAGGCCACGAGUUGGGAGUAUUUAUAUUAUUCGUGUGUUAUCGAGUAUUUUGUGAAUUGCCCAAAAUAACGCAAACGAAGCGCGUCGUGAGUGUUAAUUAUCUCGUGAGUGAAUUCAUUUCAUUCCAUCCUGAAACGGAGAGGUUUUUUUUUGUUUGCGGGCAGUUCGUGCGCGUACAAUUUUUUGUUCAGCUAUCGGCGUUGCAGCAUCCCCUGCACCGUUUGUAGGGGGGGCGCGUUCCCCGGGAAGCCCCAUCGUAGACGGUCGAAACGGGAGACACAUCACUUUGCCGAUGUAUUUUUUUUCCCUUUUAUCAGCCGUAUUUAACGCAGUUUAUCAAGAGGUAAACAACAACAACAACGACGACGAACAAAACCCCGGCUCGAGAAUAGCAACAUCUCCACGCCAAGUCACGUCGCGAACCAGACCGGCUGUUCACAUGCUUCAACUAAACUUUUGUUCUACCAGGUACGGCCCACUGAACCACGUACAGGGCGCUUCAACAAAUGUUAACACCCAUACGGGACUAUCGUUUUUUUCAUGGAAAAAGAACGGUUAAUAAUUACACUGUAACGUGAUAACAAAUGUAACGUUAAUAGCUUAAAGAAGUCAAAGAGUCUCCCGCUUGUUCGCCAUCGUUGUCAACGCGUGGACUGGAAUCUCCUCCAGGAGGUCUCCAGAUCCAGGAUGAGGCGGCACAUUUCUCGUGCGUUGUUGCAAAUUCUCCGAAGUGUCAACAUUGUUUUUGAAGCACCGCCCUCCAUGUAGCUCUUUUCCAGAAGCAACCUAUCGCAAAUGUUCGCUCAACGGAGUGACUUUUCACGUGGAAAUCAAUGGCAGCGGCCAAAUAUUCUUAAACGCGUGACGUUGAUUCUAACUGCGGAGGGAUAAAGCGGAGGACGCGGAGUAAAUAUUCACGCGGCCACGGGGAGAGAGAGAGAGAGAGACGCCGCAAACU